AUGGAUUCACAAGAUUGUGUCCCAACAAAUUCAAAGCAAGAUAUGAGCCAUCACAUAAAGGGUAACGCUGGUAAACAUUAUCUUUGUGGCUAUUGUGCAGCCUUCACCAAUAUAGUAGUCACCUUUCCCAUUCAGAAGGUCCUCUUUCGACAACAGUUGUAUGGCUUGAAAACAAAGGAUGCAGUACAUCAGCUGCAGAAAGAUGGAAUUCGAAAUCUCUAUCGUGGAAUCCUUCCUCCAUUAAUGCAAAAAACAACUACCCUAGCUCUAAUGUUUGGCUUGUAUGAAGAUUUCUCCUCCUUGCUCCAUAGUCACACAAGUGCACCUGAACUUCUAACUUGCAGCAUGGCAGCAGUGCUUGCAGGGACCACAGAAGCCCUUCUUACACCUUUUGAACGAGUCCAGACUUUGCUUCAAGACUACAAACAUCAUGACAAAUUUACAAACACUUACCAGGCUUUUAAGGUACUAAAAGUCUAUGGGAUUAGAGAAUAUUAUCAGGGUUUGGUGCCUAUUCUGCUCCGGAAUGGAAGCAGUAAUAUCCUCUUCUUUGGCCUAUGGGGACCUAUCAAACAUUGUCUGCCUGAAGCAACUUCUUAUAGCACUCACUUGGUCAAUGACUUUAUCUGUGGUGGGCUGUUGGGUGCCUUACUGGGAUCCUUAUUUUUCCCAAUGAAUGUUGUAAAAACUCGCAUGCAAUCUCAAAUUGGUGGCGAAUUUCAGUCUUUCUCAAAAGUUUUUGUGACAAUAUGGCUAGAACAUGAUAAAAAAUUGAUGCAUCUUUUCAGAGGAGUCCAUCUGAAUUACCAUCAUUCUGUCCUGUCCUGGGGCAUAAUCAAUGCAACAUACGAAUUCUUGCUAAAGCUAUUAUGA